AUAAAAUAAAGCUUGUUUGUGUUUUUUAGCCCGAUUUUGUGCCAUAAAAUUUAAUCACUAUGAAAACAUUAAUAGUGGAAUCUUAUUAGACUCCUAAUUCCUGUAAGAAGAUAUAAUGGAUUCGAAAAUUUGUCGAGUUUGUCUCAGCAGACCGGGCGAUACAUCGCUGUUCGAAAAACACGAUGGUUUGCCGUACAGCGACAAAAUAAUGGGGUUCGUUAAAGUUACUAUCACGGAAAACGACGGUAUGCCCAGCUCGAUAUGCCUCGGCUGCAUUGCCGAGCUCUCUGUGUCAUACGAAUUCGUGCAAAAGUGUGAAGCUUCAGACCUGGCUUUGAAAACCUUAAAACUAGACAGUCAAAGAGAAUCAGCGUUAAACAUCAAGAAGGAAAACAUAAAAGACGAUCCAGAUGAACCAUACCUUAACUUUAGCUUUCUAGAUGAUGACUAUGAUGUUAACUGGGAAGAACCAGAGAAGAAAAUAAAAGAAAACAAAGGUAAAUAUGUUAAGAAGAGGAAGAAAGGAAAAAUGGAGCCGAUACAGUGUGUCACCUGCGGGCAGAUGACCACCAGUCCCUCAGCCAUGGAGAUCCACAUGAGAACUCAUACUGGUGAAAAACCAUAUUCCUGUACUACAUCCUCAUGUGAUGCCAAAUUUGCUACCAAAGGAGCUUUAAAACGACAUUGCGAAACUUUUCACAGCGAACGAGAGAGAAAAUACACUUGCGAGCAUUGCGGCAGCAGCUUCUUUAGAAAAAACGAGAUAAUAACACACAUUAGAGUCCACACAGAUGAGCGUCCAUACGCCUGCCCGUUUUGUUCCAGAAAGUUCCGGCAAAUAGCUUCACUCAUUCGUCACAAGCGGAUUCACACUGGAGAGAAACCGUUUGCUUGUUCCAUAUGUAAUAAGAAGUUUGCUGAUAGAACUGUGGCCCGAAAACAUCUGCUGGUUCACAGCGAUGAGAAACACUACAACUGCCAUCUGUGUCACAAGUCUAUGAAAAGCAACAGUGCUCUAAAAGUCCACAUGAGUCUGCAUGUGAAUAAGAAGCAAAAUGUUUGUAACUAUUGUGGCAUGACAUUCUCAAUGAAAGGAAACCUCAAAACUCAUAUAAGACGGAAGCAUUCAGAAAAAUCCGGACAGUGUAAUAUUUGCUCAAAGACAUUUUCAGAUUUAGAAGUCCACAUGCGCAAGCAUACAGGCGAAAAGCCAUUCAUUUGUCAUGUAUGCCAACAGAAGUUUGCUACAAAGCGUAGUCUGACGCAUCACUUAGCAUUUAGGCAUGAGAAUGCAGCUAAAUUCAAGUGUUCGAUUGGGGAGUGUACAAGAAUGUUCCCUACUGCUCCUAUGUUAGAGUUCCAUUUGCUAAAGCAGCAUACGAACCACACUCCAUAUGUGUGCCAGCAUUGUUCCCGUGGAUUCUUCCGGAUGAGUGACCUGUCCCGACACCUUCGGGUUAGCCACAUGGAGCUGCAACUCAAAGAAGACAAAACCAUCCUAACCCUCGGUGGUCCUUAGUUUAUAGUUACUUUAUGCUAAUGUAUGCGCCGACUGAUAUGUUAAGAAUUCUAGUCACAGAAUUACUAAAAACCUGAAGUAAUUAGUAGUAAUUGUGCAAAGACUUUAGAACCGUAAUUUAAUUACAGCAUUUAAGAAAACUUUAUUACCAUUUAGUUUAAGUAGAA